UAAAAAUAAUAAAAAUAAUCAAUAAUUAGGGCACAUUCAAUAAAUUCUGUUCCGGUGCACUCGGUUACACCAGAUCAUUCCUCCAACAAGAACCAAUAAAGGCCGAUUAACUAAGGCAGCGUUAGUUUCAAUUAUUCACCUUCCUUCCUACCUUACAGCUUCUCUCUCUACUCUCUUUCUCUCUCUACAAUUUACAAAAACAAUGUCGAAGUACAAGCACCCAAUAGCAGAAGCCAACGAGACGAGCCCCUUCGGCUCACUGAGUCAGGACGAGUUCUACGCCCACCACUCAGUGAGCCACGGCUCCGAGUACAUCACCGGCAAGCAAAAUUUGAAGCUCUUCACCCAGUGGUGGGCCCCACUGCAGCCCGCCGGCCCGCUCAAGGGCGUCGUCUGCGUGGUGCACGGCUACACCGGCGAGUCCAGCUGGUUCGUCCAGCUCACCGCCGUCCACGUGGCGAAGCACGGCUUCGCCGUCUGCGCCAUCGACCACAUGGGGCACGGCUUCUCCGAGGGGCUCGUCGCGCACGUGCCGGACAUCGACGCCGUCGUGGACGACUGCAUUUCGUUCUUCGACGGCUUUCGAGCGAAGCACGCGCCGGAUUUGCCGGCGUUCCUGUACGCGGAGUCGUUGGGCGGGGCAAUCGCGUUGCUGAUCACGCUCCGCCGCGAGGGGAUUGUGCCGGAGAGGGGGUUCGACGGCGUCGUUUUGAACGGGGCGAUGUGUGGGAUUAGUAACAAGUUUAAGCCGCCGUGGCCGCUGGAGCACUUCCUUUCAAUUGCGGCGUAUUUGAUCCCUACCUGGUGCGUGGUUCCCACGCGCGGCUCCUUGCCGAACGUCUCCUUCAAGGUGGAUUGGAAACGAAAACUGGCACUAGCAAGCCCUAGGCGGCCGCUGCUACGCCCACGCGCCGCCACAGCGCAGGAGUUGCUGAGGGUGUGCAGAGAGGUGCAAGACAAGUUCGCCGAAGUAGAUGUCCCGUUUCUGAUCGUGCACGGCGGCGGCGAUAUCGUCUGCGAUCCAGCUUGCGCGGAGGAUCUCCACCGCCGCGCCGCCAGCAAGGACAAGACGCUGAGGAUUUAUCCCGAAAUGUGGCACCAGCUGGUGGGGGAGCCGGAGGAAAAUGUCGAGCUCGUGUUCGGAGAAGUCGUCGAUUGGCUGUUGACUAGAGCUGACCGCGCGCCGGUCUCGCCUCCUGAGUGAGACGAGAGGAGGCGCGUGGUGAUCGACGGCGGUGAGUAUUUAAUUAAUAAUAAAUAAUAAUUUGUAGGUGGUUCACAAUCACCAUUGCCGGAAAAACUCAAAUUGCCUGUAACAAUGGACAAUGUAUAAAUUUAUCUUCAAAUUUCUAGUUUUGUAGCUACACCACUAAUAAUGCAUGCAAAUUGCAAUAUGUGCACUUUACUAUAGUAAAAACCGAAGGAAUCGGAUUGAAAUUAAA